AGUGCAGUCCUAUUUAAUAUGCACAGCCAAGCAAUUGCUUAUCAGUAUAGUAUUCUCUUAGCUAGUUUAAUAGUCCAAGAAACAAGGAAUCGCUGUCGCUAAACUACUCAGCUGCUGUGCAAAGCCAAUUAAAUUGCUCAGAAAUGGAGUUUUUGAUUCCCUUCUUGGUCCCUCCCGCAGCGUUAGCUGCUUUAAUGGCUGCUUUAUAUUACAUAUAUCCCUCUCCACUGGUACAUGGAUACAACAAAUUUGGAGGCUACUUUAUAGCUGGUCUGACAAGAAAGUACAAAACUGUCAACAACCUCACUUAUUGCUACUAUGAAAAAGAAGCAGUCCUCAGCUCGGAACAAUCAGAACAACACACUGACGAAGAUGGCCACCCUAGAACAUUCCUUUUCCUUCACGGCUAUACGGGGAGCAAGAUCAUGUGGAUGACCAUGGUGCGAUACCUGCCUAAAGAAUGGAGACUUAUUCUAGUCGAUCUGCCUGGUCACGGAGAGAGCUCUUUUGAUGGAUCAAAGUACGAUGCGUAUGGAUUCUCGGAUAAGAUUCAUGAAUUUAUUACCGCUAUGGAUCUGCACAACUUGAACCUGAUUGGCUGCUCCCUGGGUUCCCUCAUCACCGCCACCUACGCUUCUUCCCACUCAAAAUCACAACACCUCAAGAGCAUCACACUCAUGUGCCCUCCAUUCACCCACAAGUUCCCUCAAGGAGUGAAGACAGAGUUUUUGCAGUGUCUAGCGAAGGGGGAAAACAAAGUGAUGCCUACCAAUGCCGCUGAGUUCCAGGAGAUGAUGGACAUGGUCCUCUAUGACUCAUCAAAGUUCACCUUUCCCAUCAGAUUCAGACAGGCCUUGGUCGAGGCACAGCUGCCGAUGUAUCCUAACUUCUUAAGGGUGCAACAUGACCUGGAAUACUCCGAAAAAAUGAUAUCAGCAGAGACUAUCCAGCUUAUGGCUAAAAACAUUACCAUUCCUACACUCGUGCUAUGGGGCGAUAAUGAUAAGGUGUGUCAUCCAUCAGGAGCCAACAUCAUGCCUGAACUGGUAGAGCACGCUCAAGUGGUGAUAGUGGAGAGAUGUGGUCACGCCAUGACACUGGAUCGACCCAGAAAAUGUGCCAAACUCGUCAAUGAUUUCAUACUACAGAACACUGUCUAGUAUGCUAUAAUAUAACUUCAUCGCUCUCUUGCUUGUACAGUAGCUCAUCCAGUUUCGGUGCAUUGUAUCUCUUCAGUGAUUUUGUGACAUACAUGUAUUAGUCAUCGAUAAGUUAUUUAUUUAAAACUG